CUGAAAUGCCCUCAAAUUACUUUUUUAUGAAAAAAUAAUUAAUUUAAAUGAAUAAAAUAAUUAAUUCUUAAAAUAAAUUUUCUAAUUUACAGAAAGAAAUAAAGAAAUAAUUAAAAAAGAAAAUUUUCUCUCUCAUUCAUCAUCAGCUACACACAAUUGUUCUUCUCGGGGCUUCGUUUAUGUUCCCUAGCCUCCGAUAAUUAGAAGCCGCUCUGCGAAUUGCGAACAGUACCGAUGAACCUCUAUUUGCUCAGAGAUCUUCAUACUCAUUCAGCCCCUAAAUUCUACCUGCGUCUCUUACCCAAAACCUCACCUGCUUCCGAUUAACCGUCGUCUCUGCCGCCAGGGCCGUAGGGUUCUUUAUUAGUCUACUUUGGUAGCCAACUAGCGAUGAAUCCAAAUCCAUAACAACCUACAGCACCUCCACCUCCCGGGCCUUGAAUGCUGCCGCCUAACCUUCCAAUGAUGCCACCAAUGCUAUGGUGCCGCCCAACCCUCCGGUGACGAGCACUUUCUGGGAGAUCACAAUUGUGCGUGAUCAAUUCAAGAACUUGCAGGACGCUCUUGGUGGGGUGAGGGGAAGGAGGGAGGAUGGAGGCGUACCAGCGGCGGAGGGAGGAGAGGCCUCGAAAUCGUCGUCCAGCUUUAGAAGAUGAACAUGAAUGGAGGAUGAGGAAUGGCUGUGCCAGCUUCUGUACUCUAGCAAAUGCGCUGCUCAGAAAGAACUUAACUUUCCAGAAAAGGAAUAUGAAACAGAAUGUUCGGCUUGUUUCAGUCCCAAUUUUGCCAUGUAUAAUGCUCCUUCUCAUCCAAAUUUUGGUCAACCAUGAACUGGACAAGCCUAAGAAUAGGUGUGGCUGUGUUUGUGUUGAUACUGACGGAGACGGCGAAUGUGAGAAAGUUUGUGGAUUGGAAUACUCAACUGUGGAUCAAGGGUUCACUUCUCUUCCAAAAUGGGUCUGUCCAGCUUAAGAAGAUGAACAUGAAUGGGUUCAAGAACAUGAACAAUUGCUGGGAAAUCUUUUGCUUUUUUUU